AUGGACAAACUACGGGGUCGAACCAAUCCCGGCUCAGGAGGCAGCGCUGAUGCUACCCUGGUUCCGCUCUGCACCCCGGGCAGACGGAGGGCGGCCGCGCUGGGCCCGGCUCCCAACGACGCGCGUGGGCACGAGGUCCCAGAACGGGUCCGACCUGCCCUGCGACACGAAGCUGCCCCCGAAGCUGGCCCCCACCCCGCGAUCUGGGACCCCGGCCGCGUCUCCGCGGGACGGCAGCACCAGGCCAGAGAUGCCGCCCCCAGCGCCGGGCGCGUGACGCCCAUGGAGCUGCAGGUGGAUGUGCGCGCGGGACGUCCGUGGGCGCUGCUGCGGCCGCGCCCCCUCACCCGCGCCGGCCACGCGCUUCCUGCAGGGGCGGGUGCGAGUCUCCCGCGGGCCGUGGGGCCGCGCCACGCCGAGCCCGAGGACUUCCAGCCGCUGCCACUUGCGAUCGCGCGGAUGGUCUCUGCCUUGGUCCUGUCUGGCUUCCUUCUGAUUAUGGCUCGGCUUUGGAUGAGAUGUCACCCGUCACUUUCCAAGGUCCUUGGGUGUACUGUCCAGUACAGCCGUGACCGGCAGUGGGCACGGUGCUUCCCCACUUGGACGUGCACGGUAUGGACUAAGAUGAGAGAGAUUCAAACAUAAACAAUUCACAGGGCAGAAGAGUGCAGACCCUGGAGAUCUGAAGAGACACCCUGCCAAGGGAAAUGUAUGAGCAGCCAGCACACAUGUGCAGAAACAGUCUCUGGAUAAACUGCAGUACCUCCUCACACUGCAUUCUACUUGAUACAAGCAAGCAAAAACCAUACUGUGCUGACACAGCACACAGGUGAGUCUCAUUAACACGUUCAGGAAGGAAGCCUGACACACCGCACAGGGAUAAUUGCACUUACAGGGAUAAUUCCAGUUACAGCAUCUCAAGGCAGACCUCAAGACGGGUGCACUGCAUGUGGAGCUGAGGAGAGCUGAGGCAGGUUCUGGUGCUGGUACCAGCCUCGUUCCCCCAUCCAGUCCCAUCUGGAGCCCUGCAGGAAGGACUGACAGCUCCACCUGCAAGUCUCCAUGCUUUGCUUUUAGCUAAAUCCUACUAUGUUGAGCAUGAGCUGAGGCCAACACCCAGCUAUGCCUGCAGCCCCAGAACCUCCAACACCUUGAGCUUUCUGCUGAACCUGGAGAACACACAGAUGGCCCUCACAG